UCGCAUCGACUCGCUCACCAGGGCUGAACUUCAGCGGAGAUAGCAACGAGCAGGCACUUUCUUCCAGCUUAAGCUAACUCGCUUUCGGCUUUUGGUUCGAGAUGGAGUCUUCUCGCAAAUCCACCCGCAAGAACUUUAAAAGUGGUCUGUCCCUGUGGCUGAUCCUUUGGCUGGUGGCGGUGAAGCCCAGCGGUGCCACGCCCUGCCCCCGGCUGUGCGUCUGCUACCCCACCCCCAUGACGGUCAGCUGCCAGUCGCAGAACUUCACGGCGGUGCCGUCCGGCGUGCCGUACGACUCCCAGCGCGUCUUCCUGCAGAACAACCGCAUCACCGAGCUCCGCGCCGACUCCUUUGGCUUCGAGACACAGGUGCUGUGGCUGUACGGCAACAACAUCACCUGGAUCGAGGCGGGGGCCUUCAGUAACCUGCGUGUGCUGGAGGAGCUGGACCUGGGGGACAACCCCUCCCUGCGGAUCCUGGAGGGAGGGGCCUUCAGGGGCCUGGAGAAGCUGCAGAGCCUGCACAUGCACCGCUGCAAGCUGGCCACGCUCGCCCACGACCUCUUCCACAAGCUGUACAGCCUGCAGUUCCUCUACCUGCAGGAGAACCAGCUCCACUUCCUGCAGGACGACCUCUUCUCCGACCUGGUCAACCUCACGCACCUCUUCCUCCACGGCAACCGCAUCCGCACGCUGUCAGAGAACGUGUUCCGCGGCCUGGUCAACCUGGACCGCCUGCUCAUCCACGACAACCGCGUGCGGCAGGUCAACCGGCGCGCCUUCCGCGACCUGGGCCGCCUCACCAUCCUGUACCUGUUCAACAACUCCCUGGCCGAGCUUCCCGGCCAGGCCAUGCGGGACGCCCAGGGCGUCCAGUUCCUGCGGCUCAACGACAACCCCUGGUCGUGCGGCUGCGAGGCGCAGUCCCUGUGGGAGUGGUUCCGCGAGGCGCGCAUCUCCUCCUCCGACGUGCUGUGCAACUCUCCCACCGCCCGACGCGGCCAGGACCUGCGCUUCCUCCGCGAGAUGGACUUCGCCACCUGCCCCAUGCCCGACCCGGGCUCCAUGUCCGGGAGCACCACCACCACCUUCAGCUCCAAGACCCGCUGGUGGUUCGCCAAGAACAAGCCCGCCGCCUCGUCCAAGUCCACCUACCAGAAGAGCGCCGAGACGGUCAAGACCUUCCCCCUCUCGUCCAGCAAGAACAAGCUGUCCACCACCUCGGUCAGCAGCAAGUACGAGCUGUCGGACGACGAGGUGGCCCUGCCCAAGCUGGACCAGGAGGAGUACUGGGCCAACUACGGCAGCGAGGACGCCUCCGUCCGCUGCUUCGAGCUCGAGUGCCCCCCUGGCUACGACGGCGACGCCUUUGACUCCGCCUCCUUCCUCAGCACACGCUCCCUGGCCUCCCUGCUGUGUGUCUCCGUGGUAACCCUCUCCCUCCCUCUCCUCUUCGGCUGAGCGGCGCUUCUCGGCCCAUCAUUUCCUCUUUCCACUCUUAAAGGUCUCUCUUCACCCUUUCCUUCUCUCCAACCACCUGGAUCUUAAUUCCUUUCAGUCCUCCGCCCCUCCCACCUCUAUCGUAACCCUUUAGGGGGACAUGGGGGGGCGUUGCGACGCUGAUGCCGGAUGCAGAGAGAGAGAGCCAUCAGCGAGAGCCAGUCGCGGUGAGCGGAGCAGAGUUUGGCUCAGUGGGCGCCGGGCAGAACAAGCCUGGAGCCUCAGUCGAAGCUGCUUCACGCUUAAGCCAGCACUGGCUCUUAGAAAGGAACACAGUUAACAUGAACAAUACGCACACAGACACACGCUGCCGUCUGUAGUAAGGCUGAGAGUACUAGUGCGACAGCCCGCAACAGCUUCUGUGUACAAUGCUUGUAACACACAAACAUACAGACACACAUUCAUGGAUGGAUAAGAAAAGCAGGCUCUAAAAGCCACAAACGAUUGUCAGGCAAGAGAACAAUGCAGAGAGAGAUGAGGAACAUCUCAACUCUCAAAUAGAGAUAUGGAGGAAGGGCAGGGUGAGUCUCUGUUUAGACUCGGUGCGUUGAAAGAGAGAGAGAGGAACGAGGAGGAACGGAGACGGCUGUGGAGUCUGCAGCCGGUGUGUGGGUCAGUGGCCCAGCACACCAGGCUCAGAGCCACCAGCCGUUCCUACAUUUCCCACAAUCCAAUCUGCUCUCAACGUAGAACAACGUUAGCCCACCGCUGACCUCGCGAGGGAAACCGCUGUUGUAAAUAGCAGACGGCAAUCUAUGUACAUAGAACGUACACACACACACAUACCACCACCCACUGGCAACACUCUCACGGUAUAUUUUAUUUAUUUAUUUCUUUUUAUAUUUUACUAGGUGCAUUUUUUCUCCGUUGCGACAUUUCUAAUUGAAUCAAUUCUACUCUGCGAACUACGGUACAUGGUCGUUUUAUCCAUAGAAGAAAUGCACCUUUAAAAUGCUGUGAAUUUCCCUCUUCCCUUUCCCCGAAUCUAAUUUGGGGGGGAAAUAGUUUGCACUUUUCUUUUUGAGUGACAGUCCAUUCUGUGUGUCUCCCGGUGUUGUUGUCAUGGAGAUAACCGAGAAAAGUGCGUGGGAGGGUGGGGUUGAGAGGGGGUUGGGGUCUGGCAGCCUGUGGAUGUCAGAGCAGGAGGUCAAGGUGCCGUUGGGUUCCAGCGGUGGCAGUAAGAUCUGCUGCUGGACAACACUAGGUGUGUGUGGUGGACCCCACCCUAUGCGUGCACGUGUGUGUCACCAUCAUGGCUAGUUCCACUUGAACAGUCAACCUGCCCUAAAUAGAUGGUAACGAUUAUCUUCCAAUGCACCUUUUAUUUUGUUUUGAAUUUUUGAUUUAUUUUAAUGUGUUUUUAAAGGAACACUUCUUUGAAAUCACAAACUGAAUAAUCAAACACCAUGUCUCAUGAAUAUUAAUGUACUCAAAGCCAACUUAUUCAUGGCUGAGACAAUCUGUUAUUUGUAGAUCACCCACACACACUACCACAAACACACAAACACACACACAAUCACCCACACACACACCCACACACUUUCUUGUAUCUUGUAAUCCUGACUGUGUGUUUUUUGCAUAGAACAGGUAACUGAACGAAACUGACAAACUGUGUCUUUCUACUUCUAUAACGUGUGAAUAAACAUGAUCCUUUAUA